GAGAGAGAUAUUUGGAGAAAGAGUGCUCUCAUGUAAGUACAUGAGAGACAUGGUGAAGUGUGUGUGAGUAACUGUUGAUGAAAGAGUCACAUAUUGUCCAUUGAAAUGACUGAAAUUAAUCCAGUGAAAGAAACAGAAAGAAACUGCUGUUGUAAGAGUUGGUAUAAUAAUAUAGGCAUAAUAUAGGCUACUGAUCUAAUAUUAGCAAUCUAUUUAAUAUUUAGUAUAUAUACUCUAUUUACUCAAAUAGUAUUUCCUGUAGUAUUUUUAUAGUACAGUAUAGUUUCUUUUUAAUAGUAUUUUUAUUAACUACCAUAGUCUUGUGUAACCAGUUAUGACUAAAGACGUGCAAAUCAUCAAAAAACACACUUUUUAAUUCUAAUGGUUAAAUUCGGGAAGAGGUAUCAGAUUUGUGGUGUACAGAACAUAGGUCGACAACGUGUGUAAUACACAGGAUUAACAUACAGUUCAUGCUAAAUUUGACUCAAUGAAUAUUUUCAAAUAUUGUAGGCUAGUCUUAUCAAGACAGUCAUCAUGGAUUUCCGAUCUAUCCGUGAAGAUGAUUGUGACCUCACCCACCCCAUGCUCUAACUAGAUUCCAUGGUGAUGCAUCAAACGUUCCCUAUAACAGGUGAGCCCUGGGUGAUGCGCGUGUACCGACAUCGGAUAUCAUGCUGCACAAGAACACCACUUGUUUACCCUACACACCUUCGGGUAUCAACUGUCAAUUAACCAAUUUCAUAAUCCAUGACGGGUGAUCAGUUUGCUCGUCAAGCAGAGUUAUUAGCUUCUUCAAAAAUGGCAGGACUCGCAAGAAAGCCCUCCCAUCCUCGACUGUCAAUUAAGACAGUGUUGGUGUAUAGAAACGGCGACGCUUAUUUCCCUGGAAAGAGGUUUGUGAUCAAUCCCCGUCAGCUGGCAACAUUUGAUAGCUUCCUCAACGCGGCGACCUGCGGGGUCGCUGCCUCUUUUGGUGCUGUUAGGAACCUGUACACCCCGUGUGAGGGUCACCGUGUGUUGAAUUUGAGUACUCUACAGCAUGGAGAGAAAUACGUUGCGGGUGGAACUGAGCGCUUUAAAAGACUUGAUUACUAUAACAUAGCCACGAAGAAACCGCAGCGCAAAACGAGGGCAAUGAUUCAACCAGUGGUCCAUAGCAGAAUCAAUGUCCCUGCUCGCUGGAAGAGAAUCGUGUAUGAGUCUUGCACCAUCAAUGUGUUUACCAACGGAGACAUCUUGGUUCCUGCUGCUCGCAUUCUCUUCCCAAAGUACACCAUCAUGAGCUGGGAGCAGGUGCUCGCCAUGGUAACAGAGAAAGUGCAUUUUCACACAGGAGCUGUGCACAAACUGUGCAGGCUGGACGGCACUCCCAUAACCAGUUCUAGGCAGCUAGUGAAUAACCAGUACUAUGUGGCUGUGGGCACGGAACGGUUCCGUCUGCUACCCUACUUCCACUGGGUGCCCUGGAAGAACACCGUGCAAGGGGGCAGUUUGGGUGAUUUGCUUCCUCCUGCGCCUAGGAAGGGCAAGACCAAUCGAGAUUUGUUUGCAGACCCCAAACUCUAUGGAAACUCUCUGUUCUAUGCCAAGCCAGACAAGAGGACUCAAGAAGUCUCUAAGCUGAAGACAGGAUGCUCUAAAACACAGCCCCAGCUUUCCACAAGAGGCAGCAGUGUGUUCAGAGCGAAAGACUCGCGCAGAGAGACGUCAGGAGCCGCGGAGGUGCAGGACGACAGACACGUACAGAUGGAGCUGCCCAUUGAUCAGAUGGAAGCCAGAGUGGUUGAGGAGGAGCAAUGUGAGAUGACUGAGCAAACACAGCGUCACAGAAGAUCCUACCUACCCAGGUCAAAGGUGUCUGGGGAGACGGCCUCAAGCGGACGCCUCACGCGUAUCCGAGCGCCCAAUGAACACCUGUCACUCCCAAGCAUAGACUCCACCUACCUGACCUCAGUUCCCAGGAUAGAUUCCUCUCCUUCAGCACCGUCAGACUGACCUGAGAACAGUGCAGCCCAUCUCACAGGGACUGGGUUUCCAGACUCGGUGUCUGAGCAUGCAGUGUCAGACCAUGUGUGUAUUUUAGCAUGGACUGUAAAUAAAAACAUCAGCUCUUUCACCAUUUGUUCUCCAAAGUGUGUGUCACGUCCACCCACUUCCAGAGCAACUUGCAGAAGAAAACAGGAACUCGUGUCAUCAAUAAAAGGGCAUUCCGUCA